AUGUCUGGAAUUGGAUACCCAUGCUCUGCUUGUGGUGCUUGCUUCAAAAGGAAGGAUCUUCUCGACAGACACCACCACAUUCAUGACACCGAAAGACCUACACCAGCCAGCUCAAGAAGUGGGAAAGCAUGUGAUCGUUGCUCAAGACUGAAGACCAAAUGUGAUGGUCUCGCGACUUGUGCACGCUGCCAACGAGGAGGACACUGCUGUACAUACAAAACAGGCAGAGCCAGAGCAGGACGACUAUCCGCCGGAACAAUUUCUCCCGUACACAGCCCUUACCUGAGCACUAGCGAAGGAGGAAGUCCAGGUAGCAAUUUGAGCUACUCAGUCUCUGAUCCUGGAGAUCACAUAUCAUAUGAUCAAAGCUGGACUACAGAGGAGACUUGGUCGCAAUUACCUGCAUUCACACAGGCCUCACAUUGGGACUGGCCUUCAAGUCUUGACGGCUUUUCGGGUCUUGACUCUCCUCAUCUGGAACCGCUGCAGCCUCAACAAUUGAGCCCUUCACUGUGGAACCACAGCUUGCCGGGCGAUGCGUCGGAUUGCUUCCAGUUUCCUCAAGACUCAUUCAUAUGUCAAGAUGAUGUCUUCGAUGGAUCCAUGACAGCGUCAUGGCCACAAUACGAGAGUCCCGAAGAUCAGAUUGACCCAGCCUUGAUUGGAGAUAUCAAGUUUAAUGUGGAGGAUUAUGAUUAUGCGACAAUGGAGGCGCCGUACGCAUUUACUCCGUACUCACUCCCGUAG